AUGCUUUACGAGGUCCCAGGAGCCGAAUCGGAACAGAAGGCCGAUGCCCCAGCCGCCAGGCUGAGGGAAUGUUUCGCGACCGAGGACGUCAUCGUGUCCCGGCCUACAAAGUGCUCGGAGCUGCGUAUCUCGGGGCUGGACUUCGCGGCCACCUCAGAGACGGUCCAGGCGGCCUCCUGCAAUGCCGGAGAGUGCGCUGCGGAGUCAAUUAAAGUGGGGCAGAUUCGACCAGACAGGUCGGGCAUGGGAGCCGUCUGGGCCAAAGUGCCCACUAGGGCGGCGAAGAAAAUAAAGGGGGCCCGCGUGAAAAUAGGAGUGGUCGUAGCCAGGGUGACCGUGCUCGAGGCGCGCCCUAUGCGGUGUUACCGCUGCCUCGAGCAGGGUCACGUUAGGAACGUGUGCGACUGCCCCACAGACCGCAGCGGACUAUGCUAUCGCUGCGGAAAGCCGGGACACAAGGCCCGGGAGUGCCAAGAGACGCCGAACUGCACCCUGUGUGCCGCUAAUGGCAAACCUGCCGGGCAUCGAAUUGGGAAGGCGUGUUCUGCCUCCUCCUCCCGCAAAUCACGGCGUCGCCCACGUAGGAGACCGCCUGCCGCUGAGGUUCUGUCCCAGCCGCAGGCGGCGAGCCCACCGCAACAAGUGCAGUUGGCCGAGAUGGAUGUUGAGGAGAUCGUCCAUCAAUAA